GUUAGAAUUGUCUUGGACUCUCUCGCUGGCGUCUUGGUCGUCGAAAAUGAGCAAAACCCUAAUUUAUUUCAUCUCUAUAUAAAUACCUUAACCUACAUUUUGUCAAAACUUUUCUGGUGUUUUUGCAGCUCGAAGAACAAAAGAAAAUGGGAAAAGGAACUGGAAGCUUUGGAAAGAGAAGGAACAAGACUCACACGCUCUGCGUUCGAUGUGGUCGCCGAAGCUUCCAUCUACAGAAGAGCCGUUGCGGUGCUUGUGGCUACCCUGCCAGUCGCAUCCGAAAAUAUAACUGGAGUGUGAAGGCUAUUAGAAGAAAGACCACCGGGACUGGCCGCAUGAGGUACCUCCGACGUGUUCCCCGAAGGUUCAAGACUGGCUUUAGAGAAGGUACUCAAGCAACUCCAAGGAAGAAGGGAGCUGUUGCUGCUUCAUGAGUUAAUUUGUGAUGUUUUGUUUUGUUCAGAGAGAUUCCUGAAUUUAGAAACAAUAGGUUUUGGGUCUCUUUCAACUGUGUGUUACUUUUUUAUUUUUCACCUAAUGUCUACAAACGGGAAGUUUUGUUUUAUAUUAUGAAGUUUCACGACUUUAUUUUCA